UAGACGUGGGGUAAACCCACAUGGCGGUCUGUUCGAGUGUUCGAGGCCACAAGCCCAGGGUCGAGCGGGGUGUUGCCAAGCACGUGUUGAUGUGAGGAAGUCUAUGUCUCCGCGCCAGAUGCUCCCCCUGACUCGAGAUAGACGUGGAGACCACCUCCGACAGGGCCACUUCCUACCUACAUGCUACUAGGUAUAUAGACAUCUUGCAGCACAAUCCCUCGAGUCUCAUCGCCGUGAUCAGGACGUCGCAAACCCCUGGUCCAAUCCUCACCUGUCCUUUGCUCUGACAUAGCUGCCUCGUUCACCACUAAACCUCAAAGUAUGGCUUUGCUCCAUCUUUCCCUCUUGGGUCUGCUUGGCGGUGCGGCUGCCCAGACGCAGUACACCAGCACCGCUGUCUCGGCCGUGGCUAAGGCAGCCGCUACGGCACUGACGCUGUCCCCAACGAGCAACGUUGCAGGGAACAAGUUUGAGCGGUUUGUCCAGAUCUUCCUGGAGAACGUCGACUACAGCAAGGCUAUUGCGGACCCGAACCUCGGCUUCCUGGCAACCCAAGGCAUUAGUUUGACAAACUACUUCGCAAUCACCCAUCCUUCCCAACCGAACUAUGUCGCUGCAGUUGGUGCGAACACCUUCGGCGUUACUGAUGAUGGCUUCCGCAGUAUUGGCUCCACCACGGAGACAAUCGUAGAUUUGUUGGAACCCAAGGGCGUGAGUUGGGGUCUCUAUCAGGAGGACAUGCCUUACUCUGGCUUUGAGGGAAACUGGGUCAACCAGCGGACCGGGAAGAACGACUAUGUCCGGAAGCACAAUCCGCUGAUGAGUUUCGACUCGGUCACCUCCAACACGAAUCGGCUCGCGAGGUGCAAGAACUUCACCAUGUUCGAUAGGGACCUCGCGGCAAACACCCUCCCACAGUGGAUGUUCAUCACUCCGAACAUGACAAACGACGGCCACGAUUCGUCCGUCACAGUAGCAGGCCGGUGGGCGCGGAACUGGCUCACGCCCUUGCUGUCGAAUCCCAAGUUCAACAUCGACCGCACCCUGGUCAUCCUCACCUUCGACGAGGGCAGUACAGUCGGCACCAACCAGAUCUACGCCGUCCUGCUGGGCAGCGCCAUCCCAAGCGCCAAGGUCGGCACGACCAAUAGCACGCGGUACGACCACUACAGCUUGACCAAGACGGUCGAGCUGAACUGGAACCUGGGCAGCCUGGGCCAGCAUGAUGUGGGCGCUAGCGCCUUCUUCUGACGUGGUACAUGAUCAGCGGUAGUCAGGAAGUCGAGGUCCGACGUUGGCUGGAUGGGAG